AUGGCCCUCCACUGCAUGCAAGACCUAGUUAGGGGGAGGGCCCUCGUCAGCACCAGGCGGGUGAUGAUGGCGAUAGAGGGUCAGCCGAAGACUCAGCCACCGCACCAGGCUAGUGCGAGAGAGACCGAGGUAACGCCGUCUCUCUCUGUACACCUCUGUGUCUCUCUGUCUCUGUCUCUGUCUCUCUCGCUACUGGAUUUGGUUCUCUGCAGGACCGCUGGUGCAGGAUCGUGGCGUCCUGGGAGGAGCUUCAGACGAAGCUGCUUAGGAGGAAGGAGGCGGCGGUGAAGCGGGAGAAGGCCAUGGCGUAUGCAUGUCUCACCAGGUAAGGGCCCGAAGCUUUCUGAGGCGAUGGAAAUAAAUAUGUCGGUGCGCUGCAAUCAACAUUCUCUGGUCUGCGCAGAGACUGCCGGGGCUGAGGCGGGGGCGGCGGCGGCGGAUUAUCAGCGCAUUCCCUCCUUCCUGACGGAGGAGACGCCAUCGCCUCGUCUCACCGGCGGGCGGCGGGCUCCACCGGCGAAGGCGUCGUCGUCGAACGGCGGUGAGCGCUCCGCUGUGACGCCUCUGCCGGAUCAACCCAACACCGUCCACUGA